GCUCGCCAUGGCCACAGCAACGGACCAGGUGGUUGGAUUCGGCUUGGUCGCCUUCAGCCUCGUCCUCUUUGUUUACUACACGCUCUGGAUCAUCGCCCUGCCCUUCAUCGACAGCGACCAUGUGAUCCACAAGUACUUCUUGCCGAGGGAGUACGCCGUUAUCAUCCCCGUGGUGGCCGGGCUGCUGCUGCUGCUAUUUAUAGGUGUUUUUAUAACGGUGGUGAUGUGGAGGAGCAGGAAACCUGCCAAGAAAUCAGAGGAAGCUACUUCCACUGCUCUAUUUUGA